GUGAUUGACAGGACUGUUCGAAAGGCCUUCAGUUUACGAACCUAAUUCCGUUCUUAAGGUCGUGUUUUAACCGAAAAAUCAUGUGCAGUCCCACUAUAUAUACACAGUACUGUAUGUACAAACAGACCAAUAAGGAGGAAUCGAGUCUUCAACGGACGAAUCGGAGGCACACAGCGGGUAAAGAUUUGAUGUCAUGACCUUCACAAAUCUUUCACCUCAGCGGAUCCUUCUCUCAACAAAGCCCAUGCUGAUUAUGUUGGUGGUCUUGAUUGCGGCUCCAUGCAACGCCAUCAGUAUAAACUGCUCUGCACCAAACCAACUGGCACUGCUGGAGGCCCUGAAGCCGAUAUUUAAGAUGGGCGCCAUUCGGCCAGUCACAAACAUGACAACGCCAACCAAUGUCAGCUUACACUUCCUGCUCUAUGGAAUAUUAGGAGUGGAUGAGAAGGCCCAACUCCUGACGACUUAUCUUUGGCAGCAUUUUUGGUGGCAGAAUGAGCUUGUCAACUGGGACCCAGUCCAGUGUGGCACUGACAAAAUUUCUCUUCCCAGACAUAAAUUUUGGAUUCCAGAUCUUGUCAUCCGUGAAUUUAUGGAUCAAGACAAAGCUCCAUCCGUUCCUUAUGUGAAUCUGCACAGCAAUGGAAAAAUACACGACGCAAAACCAGCCAGAGUUGUCAGCUCGUGUAACCUGGACAUCUACACUUUCCCCUUUGACAGACAGGACUGCACUCUUACCUUCGGUUCCUUUAUUAACUUGGCACGAGAUUUAAAACUCUCCUUAUCGAUGUCGGACAACCUCAUCACAGCGAAAUCCAAGAGUGUGAUGACCACUCUGGGGGAGUGGGAGCUGCUGAAUAUCACUGCCGUAAAGCUGACUCAUCAUUACAGUGAGGAUAACGAUGUGGACCUGCUUCAGUUUCAUGUAUGUCUGAUCAUGUUGCAUAUCCGACUGGGACGCAGGUCAACGCUGUACGUAGUAAACCUGCUGCUCCCCAGCAUUUUCCUGAUCACAGUGGACCUUUUUAGCUUCCUGCUACCGCCGCAAAGCGUGGACCGCUCCUCCUUCAAGAUGACCCUCAUUCUCGGCUACACCGUUUUCCUGCUGAUCAUGAAUGACCUUCUGCCGAUCACAGGAAACACCAUUCCCAUCAUCAACAUUUUCUUCUCUAUGUGCCUGGCUCUGAUGGUGGCCAGUCUCCUGGAGACAAUUCUCAUCACCAACUUGCUGCUCAGCUCUAAAAAUGUAAUUCCCGUUCCUCGCUGGAUCCGCGUAUUUGUUCUGCACUUUCUGGGUCGUGUUGUUCGUCUGCCUUGGGAAGAAGUCAAAGAUGCAGAUACAGGAAGCAGCAGCGUCUCGACACAGCGCGGAUGUGAUGACAACCCUCACGAGGAGAAAGAACCAGCAGUGGAGGACAGGGCCCUAAAGGAGCUGAGGAGCCUUGGUGGAGACCUGAAGGUCCUCCGCCUGCAGGUGGAGCAGCAGCUGGGGAGCACCCAGAGCUCAAAAGAGUGGAUCCAGGUGGGUUUCAUCAUAGACCGCCUGCUGUUUGGCAUCUACCUCCUCUUCAUAUCUGUCAGCUUCAUCACCAUCCAGAUCAUCUGGUUCAAAUCCAAUGGCCAGUCAUCCUGUGGCGCUAUCAUGUCUAACUGCUCUCGCCCGGAUGGCCCCGCCCUGUUGGAGGCUCUCAGACCCGUCUUUGACCUCAGCUCCAUUCGACCUGUCAUGAAUGUUUCAACCACCACGCUUGUCAAUAUUGCCUUCGUCCUAAUUGGCAUUCUCGGGGUGGAUGAAAAGGGUCAGAUCCUGACAACGUUUAUCAUCCAAAUGUUGUCAUGGAAAAAUGAGUUCAUAGGAUGGGACCCAAACGAGUGCGGUUCCCAUUGGAUUACAGUCCCGAGAAAAGUGCUAUGGGUCCCCGAUAUAGUCAUCAAUGAAUUCAUGGAGAGGAACUCAGCUCAGUUUACGCCAUACACAUACGUGUAUCACGACGGGACCGUGUUCGAUUUACAGCCGGUUAGAGUGGUGAGCUCAUGCAGGCUUGACAUCUACACCUUUCCCUUUGACGUCCAGAACUGCACUUUAACCUUUAACGCCUACCUGCAUUCUUUACCUGCAAUACAGAUUGGACGCUUCAUGUCAGCAGAAGAAGUAUUCCAAUAUUCCAAAACAAUGAUGACAACUAUGGGAGAAUGGGAGCUCACUGGAAUCAAAUCAAUACAUCAGCAGUUACCAUCUUUGUUCAACGGCACUUAUGAAGAACUCAGCUUCUUUAUUUCACUGCGGCGCCGGUCCAUGUUGUACGUGGUCAACCUGCUGAUACCCUCCUGCUUCCUCAUCACAGUGGACCUCUUCAGUUUUCUGCUGCCUCCUCAGAAGGUGGACCGCUCCUUGUUCAAAAUGACCCUCAUCUUGGGUUUCACCGUCUUCCUGCUCCUCAUGAACGACCUGCUGCCCAUCACCGGAAACACUAUUCCGCUCAUAAGUGUGUUCCUGUCCCUUUGCCUGGCUCUGAUGGUAGUAAGUCUUCUGGAAACCAUUCUCAUUACCAACCUGCUGCACAGUUCUACUCACUACUCAGAGGUUCCUCGCUGGAUCAGACUGUCAGUCAUCCACAUUUUGGGCCACCUGGUUCUGCUUCCUCCAAAGCCCACACAAGUGGAGCAGAUCAUCCAAAAUCCCGCCACACUAGAAAUGAACGCUUCCACUCAGAGCGCGAAUGAGGGGGAGGCCCACGGACCAGAGGGCCCGCUGGACGAGGACAAGGCCGUGGAGGAGCUGAGGAGCCUGGGAAGAGACCUCCGUGUCAUCCGGCUAAAAGUGGAACAGGAGCUGAAUGUCAGCCUGAGCACAGAAGAGUGGAACCAAGUAGGUUUCAUCAUAGACCGCCUGCUGUUCGCCAUCUACAUCCUCUUCUUAUCUGUAAGCUUCAUCGGCAUCAUCGGCAUGUGGGUCAACUCAUACAACACCUCAUGAUAGAAACUGGCAUGUUGUGCAUUAAUUUUGUGUUUAAAUGUAUUGUCCUGUUUGGGAGUAGGAGCGUUAGUUUUUUUUUGUUUUUUGUUUUUUUGUUCUUGGAUCAAAUAUUGUGUUUGUGUGUGCAUUAUUUUUAAAUCCAAAAUUUACCAAUCACCUUGAGUGUGCCGCACACUAACCGAUCAGAUCAUUUUGCCCUAAGAGAGAAGCUAGAAGUUAUACAGUGGAUAUGAAAAGUCUACACACUGUUCUUUAAAAACCAGGUAUGUGAUGUAAAAAGAAAUAAGACUAAGAUAAAUCCUUUCCAAACUUUGUCCAAUAUUUAUGUGAUCUAUCACGCUAUCCA